AUGCCUGGUCCACUGAUCGUUCUCCCUCGACCUGGAGCUUUAGCUUCGGAAACACCACGCAUAAUAUCCGCACCAUCUGAAAGAGCCUUUGUCACAGCCUUUGGGCAGCUGUUGCCUCAAGCAUCUUUUUUGCAGACAAAGAACGGCAGGAUUGCGUUCUAUGCGCUUCCAACGUCACCUAUCACUGCCGAACAAGCCACAAACCCCGUUACUCGCGUACUCUUCGUCCACGGCAUCCAGACGUGCGCAAUUGGCCUGCAACCGUUGGCAAGCACACUCUCCGCGCGUUUUCCGAGUGCCAAAUGCGUACUCGUUGACCUAUGGGGUCACGGGCUCACAGACACGCCAUUCGUCCCACACGAUGCGGCCCUCGCUCACGACCUGCUUGAGUCUGUCAUGGUGCACAUUGGCUGGGAGGACGCCCACUUUGUUGGCUUCUCCCUUGGAGGGUCGCUGACCGCGAGUUUUGCCGCUGCCAGACCAGAGCGUGUGGCAUCCCUAACUCUGGUUGCGCCCGCUGGCUUCGUUCGACAGGGGCAAUUUGACGAAGUGCAGAGAAGCUACUUGCGAGGUGGCGAAGGCUUAGAAGUGCAGGCUAAGGCGUGGAUUCUGGAUUUUCUGGAGGGAGGAGACUUGGUUGUGCCGCCGGAUUGGAAAGAAAGGGUCGAAAGAGGCGAGGUAGUAGCUGAGGCAGUUCGUCAGUGGCAAAUGGAGCACCAUGAAGGCCACGUUGCGAGCGUAGUAGCCCUGUUCAGAGAUGCUGGUGUGUUGGACAAUGAUGAAGAAUUCGCCAAGGCGACGAAAACGGGCAUUAAGAAUCUUUGCAUCCUUGGACAGCUGGACGGCAUAGUCAACGAGCAUGAUUUGCACAGCAUCGGCAUGCAGAAUACUGUGUUAGUUCCACAGGCAGGGCAUGCCGUUGUUAGAGAAAAGGUGCCAGAGGUUGCCGGACUGAUCGAAGAUUUCUGGAAGAAGUUGGAGUAA